CUGACUAUUUUUUUUCUUGCAGACUAUGAGGUGUUGGACAGCAUUAGCAGCGAUCGCUGCCGUCAUGGCAGUGGCUGCAACGGCGAAGGACAAGAAGGAAGAAGUUGGAACCGUCAUUGGUAUCGACUUGGGAACCACUUAUUCAUGCGUUGGUGUGUUCAAGAACGGGCGAGUCGAGAUCAUUGCCAACGACCAGGGUAACCGCAUCACCCCCUCCUACGUCGCCUUCACUGCCGACGGCGAGCGUCUGAUUGGUGACUCUGCGAAGAACCAGCUGACGACCAACCCCGAGAACACGGUGUUCGAUGCCAAGCGUCUCAUCGGCCGAGAAUGGACCGACAAGUCCGUUCAGCACGACAUCCAGUUCUUCCCCUUCAAAGUGAUCAACAAGAACGACAAGCCUCAUAUCAAGGUCGCCACCACCCAGGGCGAGAAGGUCUUUGCCGCAGAGGAGAUUUCCGCCAUGGUGCUGGGCAAGAUGAAAGAGACCGCUGAGGCUUACCUAGGCAAGCCCGUGACCCACGCUGUUGUCACCGUCCCUGCCUACUUCAACGACGCUCAGCGCCAGGCCACCAAGGACGCUGGCACCAUCGCCGGCCUCACCGUCAUGAGGAUCAUCAACGAGCCCACCGCCGCCGCCAUCGCCUACGGCAUCGACAAGAAGGACGGCGAGAAGAACAUCCUGGUCUUCGAUCUGGGCGGCGGAACCUUCGACGUCUCCCUCCUCACCAUCGACUCGGGCGUGUUCGAGGUCGUGGCCACCAACGGAGACACUCAUCUUGGAGGCGAGGACUUCGAUCAGCGAGUGAUGGACCACUUCAUCAAGCUGUACAAGAAAAAGAAGGGCAAGGAUAUCAGGAAGGACAACCGUGCCGUGCAGAAGCUCCGUCGUGAAGUGGAGAAGGCCAAGCGCUCCCUCUCCUCCAGCCACCAGGUCAGGAUCGAGAUCGAGUCCUUCUUCGAGGGUGAUGAUUUCUCGGAGACCCUCACCCGUGCCAAGUUCGAGGAGCUGAACAUGGAUCUCUUCAGGUCCACCAUGAAGCCCGUGCAGAAGGUGCUGGAAGACUCUGACCUCCAGAAGAAGGAAAUUGACGAGAUUGUACUUGUUGGUGGUUCCACUCGUAUCCCUAAGAUCCAGCAGCUGGUGAAGGAGUUCUUCGGUGGCAAGGAGCCAUCCCGAGGCAUCAACCCAGAUGAGGCUGUGGCUUAUGGCGCUGCUGUCCAGGCUGGUGUGCUCUCUGGUGAGGACGACACCAACGACCUCGUGCUGCUCGACGUGAACCCCUUGACCCUGGGUAUUGAGACCGUGGGAGGUGUCAUGACCAAGCUGAUCCCUCGCAACACUGUCAUCCCCACCAAGAAGUCCCAGAUCUUCUCCACCGCCUCUGACAAUCAGCACACUGUCACCAUCCAGGUAUUCGAAGGUGAACGACCCAUGACCAAGGAUAACCACAUCCUAGGAAAGUUCGACUUGACUGGCAUCCCCCCUGCCCCCCGUGGUGUCCCUCAGAUCGAGGUGACUUUCGAGAUCGAUGCCAACGGUAUCCUGCAAGUGUCUGCUGAAGACAAGGGCACAGGAAACAAGGAAAAGAUUACCAUCACCAAUGACCAAAACCGUCUCACUCCUGAGGAUAUUGAGCGCAUGAUCAAGGACGCAGAAGUGUUCGCCGACGAGGACAAGAAGCUGAAGGAGCGAGUCGAAUCUAGGAACGAACUCGAGUCCUAUGCCUACAGUCUCAAGAACCAGAUUAACGACAAGGAAAAGCUUGGAGCCAAGCUUUCCGAUGAAGAUAAGGAAAAGAUGGAGGAAGUCAUUGAAGAGAAGAUCAAAUGGCUCGAGGACAACCCCGAAGCAGAGGCUGAGGACUACAAGACUCAAAAGAAGGAACUGGAAGACGUCGUCCAGCCAAUCAUCUCUAAGCUUUACCAACAGAGUGGUGAGGCGCCUCCUCCAACAGAAGACGAAGAAAAUUAUGAAAAGGACGAGUUGUAGGUUUUAUAUGGGGGCAUUAGACGUACCAUAAUUUAUUCUCCUUAUGAACGGGGGAGCAUAUUGCAUGGAAAAAUUAGUUUUUCAUCUUCAUCAUGUUAAUAUAGUACUCAGCUAGUUGUCAUCUCAUCUGUGUGAGAGUUGGGUAAAUAAGGAAAGGCAUUUUUUUCUGUAUGUUUCUGCACAAUUUCAUUCCAAGUGUGAAUGCAAGAGAAUGUAUGCUUUCUAUAAUAAAUUAUAAAAUCUUUA